CAACACUACAUCCCAUCAUCCCGUCCAUCAGCCAACUCCAACCGCCUCUGGCCGCUUCGCUCCGUCAACACCAUCACCAUCGAGCCACAACACUGCGAUAGCCCGCCGGGAUUGAUCGAUGCCACGCCGGUAGCCCCGAUGCACUGCGAUUGCCGUUGACCUCCCUUUCCAUCCGCCAACACCGGCCUCGUCGCCAUGGACCAGCUCCCGCGUGAGCUCGUCGACGCGAUCCUCCAGCAAUGUGUCGCCCGCGGCCCCAAGAACAGCGUCCUCCCGCUGCGCCUCGUCUGCCGAGUGUUUGACCAGAUACUCAAGCCCUUCGUCUUGCGGACGCUUGACCUUGAGUUUUCACGAUUGAGCAAGACGAGUGGCGAGGCGCAUCCGCGGAUCGAUGCGCUGCAGACGAUUGGAUACCACUGCAAGAGCUUAUAUAUCGACCUCAUGGUCUUGCGGGAUGACUUAGAAGUAGAGUUCCUUGAUACCGUCUUCGCCCGAGUCCCAUCGAUGACCGACUUUUGUCGCACCUUACACAAAAAGUACUGCAUGAAUGAGUCAUCAUUUACAGAAGUAGAUUACUUCCGCACAGUCGAAGACCUCCUGUUCAAUUGCCGAGACAUCGAUCGACUGCGGUUAAACCUCCCCUUCCAGCUUGUCGGCCGACACUGCAACGCCGCCACCAUGAUCCUCGCCAACACCCUCAAGGCAUUUGCUAAGCGUCCCGAGGAGGAUUCGGCAAAGUUAAACACCUUGGUAUUGGAAAAUGUGACGGAUAUCGCAAUAUGUCACCUGUGGUUAAACCCCAGCGACGUGAUGAAUAUCAUGGGGGUGUUGGAGGUCCUGGAACACCUCGUCCUGACUUUACGAAGACACGAAAAUGAACCCCAGCGAGUUGGACUAUUUGGAUCCUGCCUUUGGAACUUGGUGGAGAACGCAGAAUACCUCAAGAGCCUGUGCCUGAUAGGAAUGGACCACGACGACCGCCCUCCCCGAGGCCUCAAACAGACCAAGGCCUGGCAGAUGCCCGUGGAGGAGUGGCGAGCGCGGGCACUGCCCGCACCGCACGUCAUUCUGUCCAACUUGACGUGCCUCGAGCUGAAGCGAGUUGAGGUGUCUCCCGAGGUUUUGGUCCAGGUGGGAGAGAACUUUGGGUCGACGCUUCAGGAGCUCUACCUGAACGAGGUGUAUCUAAAGGCGGAACAAUCACAAGACUGGAACGAGGACUCGACAAAGGUGCUCUGGGUAGGGAUGCCAAACCAGCGCCCUGGUGAGGAUUGCCAAUGGAUUGCGAUGGCCUUGAGAUCGGCUGCAACACACUUGCGCAUUUGCCGGGCGUCGUUUCUGGCGUAUGACCACUACCUGAGGGAAGAUGUCCCCGGAAACCCUGAUUUCGACCUCGUUGAUCCCUGUAGCUUGGGCAGAAGCAUCUCUCAACGCUUUGUAGAGGUCGUCAUGGGUAUCCGGCAGCCGAACAUGUCCAACGGAGACCCAGUUGAAUACCUCCCCCGUGACUCGAAGCACGACAGCCUCCUCAACCAGCUCAUUCCGCGGAGCCGUACGCCGCGGGUUACCGAGCACGACACAAACGCAUACCAGACGGCCGUGGCAAACACCACAUCGGAGUGGCAUCGCAGCAUCGACGGCAUAUUUCCUAAUUGCAACUCCAAUACCCUCGAUGAGCUGCACUACAUCGCCGAGACGGCCUGCCAGGGCAUGAACGAAAUCCACCACAGGAGGAACGAGUGGACCGCUGGCAGCAGUAUGGCCAAUGAGUUUACGGAAAACCUUUUUAUGUCUAACGAAUAAACGACAAGUCGACGGAGAAUGAGGAGGUCGUCACAUGAUGGAAAUGGAAAACAUGUAGAUGGGUUCCGAACGGCAAGUUCUUGAUUUAUCAUUAUGGAAACAUAGAAGACUUAAAGCGUUGAAUAGUAAUAGCUUGUUAUAGUCAAGCAAUCCAUGCCAUCUGAUAUGAA